CUUUGUGGAAUCUUUUCCCGUAAAUCGAGUGACAGAAAUUUGUGGAAACCAAGACGUUUUGUAGCUUUGAUUUAAUUUGUGUUCAAACACCUUUCUGCAAAGAUGAACAGGAUGUCGGCUCUUGAGAAGAAGCAGUGCAGGAGGAUGACAGACAUCCAGAAGGCACAAAUGUGGAAGUUCAUGGAUUUACAUCCCGAAUUGAACGGCAAGAAAUACGACAAGGAAUUUACAUUUGUCAAGGCGAGAGAACUUUGGCAGGAAAUGGGACGAAUCCUCAAUUCUGUUCCAGGACCCAAGAAGUCAUGGAUGGUGUGGAAGAAGUCUUGGCGUGAUAUGCAAUUCCUCCGGAGGAGAAUGGGAAAGGAAACCUUUAGAGAGAUACCCGUAGAGGAUAUUCAAUUGGCUGCUCCUGACCCCAAUGUAGAGGAAGUCGUGGAUGAUGCUCCAUGGAUAAUAUACAAAAGAGAAUCGUCAACUACUCUACAGUCACAAAGGUCCAGGGAACCACUGUUCCUCGCCCUAGAUGGCUCUCCGACAAAUAAUCCAGGAAAUAUUGUGAAGCUGGAAAUUCAGGAUGCCCCGGAAACGCCCACGAAUCCCAAUGAGACAUCAAACAAUGAGAGUUCUGCUCAGUGCGAGAAAAAUGAUGUCAAUGGGAAAAUGAUUGAAAUGCUAGAACGCCAGACCGUUGCGUACGAGAAUCUGGCACAUUCAAUGCGAUUGCAAUCUGAGGCUUUCCUGGUGCUCUCAGAGUCCAUAAGCGACCUGGCUUCAGCUGUCAGGACAAUGAAAAAAUAGUAACAACAUGGGAAGGAGUACUUAAUAAAGGAGGGAGAGAUUUUAUAAUUUGAAUUAUUUAAAAUAAAUUAAAUUACAAAUUU